GAGCACGUGUGUAGAGGAAUAGUGGAUCCAUCGUGUUGAAGUGCUGUUUCGAACGUUAGAAUUUUUCACUUUCGAAAUGGCAAUCCACGAACAGACCCUCAAAAGAAAGCUGAAACAAAGAGAGAAGGCCCAAAAGCGGUUCAAGUUGGAGAAACAAGAGGAGCGACAGCGAAAAGCCCGAGCUGAGAAAACUGAAACUAACGAAGCCUCGAGUGCCUCCGAUGAAGAGGAAGAAUCAAAGAUUCCAGAGUUUCGUGAGAGUGAGCUACCUGGCACGUCCGCUGGCAUUCUGUCAUCGGAAGAGUUCAAAUGUUUGGCGGAGAAGGUAUCGGACAAAACUCUGCGGGCUGUCUCGGAGAUGGGCUUCGAAAAAAUGACGGAAAUCCAGUUGAAAGCGAUUCCUCAUCUCCUUGAGGGUCGCGAUAUGAUCGCGAACGCCAAGACCGGUUCCGGGAAAACUCUGGCUUUCCUCAUUCCCGCCAUCGAGCUCAUGUUCAAUCUGAAGUUCAUGCCGCGCAAUGGAACCGGUGUUCUUGUGAUCACUCCGACUCGAGAAUUGGCAAUGCAAACCUUCGGCGUCCUGAAAGAGUUGCUUCAAUUCCAUCAACAAACCUUCGGAUUGAUCAUGGGAGGCACCAACAGGAAUUCGGAGGCUGAGAAAUUGAACAAAGGCGUCAACAUUCUCAUCGCUACCCCGGGGAGACUCUUGGAUCACCUGCAGAACACUAAGAAUUUCGUCAUCAAGAACCUCCAGUGCCUGAUCAUCGACGAGGCAGAUCGGAUCCUGGAUAUUGGUUUCGAAGAGGAGAUGAAACAGAUCAUCCACCUUCUACCGAAAAGACGACAGACCAUGCUCUUCUCGGCCACUCAAACGAAGAAAACCGAAGAAUUGGCCCGGGUUGCCCUCAAGACCGAACCCAUCACAGUCGGGAUCGAAGAGAAGGAAGAACACGCAACGGUCGCAGGCUUGGAACAGGGCUACGUGAUCUGUCCUAGCGACAAGCGUUUCCUGCUGCUCUUCACUUUCUUGAAAAAUCGUACCAAGAAAGUCAUGGUUUUCUUCUCGUCCUGCUUGUCUGUGAAAUUCCACCACGAGCUCCUGAACUACAUCGACUUGCCUGUUAUGUCAAUUCACGGUAAACAGAAGCAGGCCAAACGAACUACGACGUUCUUCCAGUUCUCGAAUGCUGACAGUGGCAUCUUGCUUUGUACAGAUGUCGCAGCGAGAGGACUCGACAUACCGAAGGUCGAUUGGAUUGUGCAGUUCGAUCCUCCGGACGAUCCGAAGGAAUACAUUCAUCGAGUUGGACGUACGGCCCGUGGAGAGGGGGGUAGCGGCCACGCUCUGUUGAUCUUGCGACCAGAAGAAGUCGGUUUUUUGAGGUAUCUCAAGGUUGCGAAGGUCCCCAUGCAAGAAUUCGAGUUCAGUUGGAGCAAAAUCGCGAACAUUCAACCCCAGCUUGAGAAAUUGAUCGAGAAGAAUUAUUUCCUGCAUUGCUCGGCGCGAGAGGCCUACAAGGCUUACAUCAGAGCCUACGAGAGCCAUAGUUUGAAAUCAAUAUUCGAUGUCCAAACCAUUGAUCUUGUUGCCGUGGGUAAGUCGUUUGGCUUCGUGGUGCCGCCGAAGGUGGACAUCAACGUUGGUGUUUCAAAAAAGAAGAAGGAUUCGCGGUUCAAACACUUCGGAGGAGAACAUAAACGCAAGAAAUCUCUCAUCUAUAAGCCCAUACCGGUCAAAACCGACUGA